CGGGUGGAGACAAGGCACUCAGAAGACAGGUGUAGCAUAUAAUAGCAUAGCCCACUGACACUUUUCCUUUUCGAAGCGCUAAAGAAAUGUUUUUUAAAAAUUCUAUUGCUUACGCAAGUGGCGUUUGAAAAUGAAUACCCCAGUCCACGGGAGGUCCCCGCCUCUGGUUAUCCCCUUCGCUCAUUGACGUGGACCGUGCGACUGCGCCUGCUCUCCGGCGACACCCGCCGUUGGCUAACACUGGCUCAAGUGCGCACGGUCGCCCAGGGAACUCCGUAACUAGUCGCGAGGUUCUGCGGAGCACUGGCUUGCAGCUGUCUCCCGAAACGUCAACGCGCCACACUCGGGCGCGGCGUCCGGUACUCAGAACGUCCCAGAGAAGUUCUCGAGCCGCGUCCUCCCAUCAGAGGAAAUGCAGCUAAACUCCUCGAAGCGCCGACUGAUGACCUCCGCAGUGGAGUGGGCAGGAUGAACCCAAGGAGAAAAUACCAGGAAGCUCGGCACAGCUUGCCCUGAGUAGCAAAUAGUUCUGGUCCAUCUAUCAGCAGGCAUCCCAAACUGUGGCCCUGGGGCGGGCCUAAGAUUCGGAGUUGCGCCGAGUGGUACCGACUGUCUUCGGCUUUUUCCGCCGCCAGCCGCCAGUCGUUUCGGGAAGCAUCGGAGGCGCAUCGCUCUCCCCUCGACUGCUUCUCAUUUCCUCGAGCGGCGUUGUCCCGGCAACACAGAGGUACAGGAAAUCUGGCGAAGUUAGAUUCCUAUAGGUUUCAUCCCUGACCAGAUCUGCAUCAUCAUGGCACUGUAUUUUGACCACCGAAUCAAAGCCCCAGAUGCAUCCAGAUCUCCCUCACAUAUCACCUGGCACCCCACCCACCCAUUCCUGGCAGUAGCAUCCAUAAGCCCAUCUUGUGGAAGCAGUGUAGACAUCUACCUUGAACAAGGUGAGCCUGUGCCUGACACCCACAUUGAGAGGUCCUUCCGGGUCACUUCACUGUGCUGGCACCCAACAAGACUUAUCUUGGCUAUUGGCUGGGAGACCGGAGAAGUGAUAAUGUUUAAUAAGCAGGACAAGGAGCAGCACACAGUGCCCCUGCCACAUACCACUGACAUUGCCAUCCUCAGUUGGAGUACCAGUGGGAGCUGCCUGGUAUCUGGAGAUAAGCUUGGGGUCCUGCUCUUGUGGAGACUGGACCAGCGGGGCCGAGUACAAGGGACACCGCUCCUGAAACACGAAUAUGGGAAACCACUCACCCAUUGCAUCUUCCGCCUCCCUCCUCCUGGAGAGGAUCUAGUUCAAUUGGCAAAGGCAGCUGUAAGUGGUGAUGAAAAAGCCCUGGACAUGUUUAACUGGAGAAAGAGCAGCUUUGGAAGUUUCCUGAAGACGGGGUCUCAAGAGGGGCUGUCUUUCUUUGUCAGUCUGAUGGAUGGGACAGUGCACUAUGUGGAUGAAAAGGGCAAGACUGCCCAGGUGGCAUCCACAGAUAGCUCCAUCCAGAUGCUGUUCUACAUUGAGAAGAGAGAAGCACUGGUUGUGGUUACACAGAACCUCCUCUUGUCUCUCUAUGUGGUGACUCCUGAGGGGGAAGCUGAAGAAGUAAUGAAGGUAAAGUUGAGUGGGAAAACCGGCCGCCGGGCAGAUAUCACUUUGAUAGAGGGCAGCCUUCUUGUCACAGCCGUCGGGGAACCAGUGCUCAGAUUCUGGGACUUAGAACGAGGAGAGAAUUACAUAUUGAGUCCACAAGAGAAGUUUGGCUUUGAAAAGGGAGAGAAUAUAAACUGUGUCUGUUUCUGUAAAACCAAAGGUCUUCUGGCAGCUGGGACCAAUAAAGGGCGAGUAGCCUUAUGGAAAAAAGUGCCAAACUUCCCAAGUGGCAGGGGGGUUGAGGGCAAGGACAUGUGGGCCCUUCAAACACCUACUGAGCUUGAAGGAAACAUCACACAAAUAAAGUGGGGCUCCAGGAAGAACCUUCUGGCAGUGAGCAGUGUCGACUCUGUGUCCAUCCUCAGUGAGCAAGCCAUGUCAUCGCACUUCCACCAGCAAGUAGCUGCUGUGCAAAUCUCCCCAAGCUUAGUCAAUGUGUCUUUCCUGUCCACGGGGAGCACACAUAGCCUGCGUACUGAUAUGCACAUCAGUGGAGUCUUUGCCACCAAGGAUGCUGUGGCUGUCUGGAAUGGAAAACAAGUGGCCGUCUUUGAACCUUCUGGAUCUACCUUAAGGAAUGCAGGGACGUUCCUUUGUGAAACAUCAGUGUUAGCAAUGCAUGAAGAAAGCAUUUAUACAGUGGAGCCAAACCGAAUUCAAGUGCGGACCUGGCAGGGAACUGUCAAACAACUUCUCCUGUUCUCUGAGACUGAGGGGAGCCCCUGCUUCCUAGACGUCUGUGGGACCUUCCUGGUUGCAGGGACAGAUUUAGCUCACUUUAAAAGCUUUGAUCUUUCCAGAAGGGAAGCAAAAGUGCACUGCAGCUCUAAGAACCUGGCCCAACUCAUCCCUGAUGUGGGGAAUAUCACGUCUCUGAGGUGCAAUGCCAAUGGGAACAAGAUCAGCAUCCUCCUUAGCAAGGUUGACAAUAGCCCUGAUUCCAAAAUCUACAUCUAUGAUGUUGAAAUGGACACAGUGAAUGUCUUCAACUUCAAGACUGGACAGAUUGGACAGAUUCAGACACUGCCCUUUAAUGAGCCAGAGAUGAAUGAGACCCGCAUCUUUAUGCAUGAGAGACUAGCCAGUUACGUUCCUGUGAACCAUUUCUGGGAUCAGAGUGAGCCAAGGCUCUUCGUGUGUGAGGCCUUGCAGGAGGCAUCUGGAGCCCAGCCACAGGCUGUAGACAAGCAGCCCCAUGUGGAGGACACAUGCCACAAGGAGGAUGUUUUGAUUCUCUCAUUCUUUGCUUCUGAAGAGCACGGCUUCUUGCUCCACGACUGCUUCCCCCGGCCUCCUAUCUACCAGAACCUUCUGGGAAUGGAAGUGCCUCAUUAUUACUUCACAAAAAAGCCUGGAGAAGCAGAGAAAGAAGACAGGGUGGAUUCUGGACACUACCACAUCCCUCAGAUGGUAGCCAAGAGACCCCUGCGAGACUUUGUGGGGCUGGAGGACUGUGACAAGCCUACUCGGGAUGCUAUGCUCAACUUCAGCUUCUUUGUCACCAUUGGGGACAUGGAUGAAGCUUUCAAAUCUAUCAAACUCAUCAAAAGUGAGACUGUCUGGGAGAACAUGGCACGCAUGUGUGUGAAGACUCAGAGGCUGGAUGUUGCCAAGGUGUGCCUAGGGAACAUGGGCCAUGCCCGUGGAGCCCGAGCACUGCGGGAAGCUGAGCGGGAGCCAGAACUGGAAGCCAGAGUGGCCAUGCUGGCCAUACAGCUGGGCAUGCUGGAGGAGGCUGAAGAACUAUACAAGAAAUGCAAGCGCUACGACCUCCUGAACAAGCUCUACCAGGCCUCGGAUCAGUGGCAGAAAGCUGUGGAGGUGGCUGAGGCCCAUGACCGUGUCCACCUGCGCACCACCUACUACAACUAUGCCAAGCACCUGGAGGCCAGUGCUGACUGUGGCCUGGCCCUCAGUUACUACGAGAAGUCAGACACCCACCGUUUUGAGGUACCUAGGAUGCUGUCAGAAGACCUGCAAUCGCUGGAGCUCUAUAUCAACAGGAUGAAGGACAAGACCCUGUGGAGGUGGUGGGCCCAGUACCUUGAGAGCCAGGCUGAGAUGGACACUGCGUUACGUUACUACGAGCUGGCACAGGACUACUUCUCCCUAGUCCGGAUUCAUUGCUUUCAGGGCAACAUUCAGAAGGCUGCUGAAAUAGCCAACGAGACUGGAGACUGGGCUGCAUCCUACCACCUUGCCCGGCAGUAUGAGAGCCAGGAUGAGGUAAAGCAGGCAGUGCACUUCUACACAAGGGCACAGGCUUUCAACAAUGCCAUCCGCCUUUGCAAGGAGAAUGGCUUAGAUGACCAGCUCAUGAACUUGGCCCUGUUGAGCUCCCCAGAGGACAUGAUCGAGGCAGCCCGGUAUUAUGAGGAGAAGGGCGAGCAAAUGGACAGGGCUGUCAUGCUGUAUCAUAAGGCUGGACACUUUUCCAAGGCUCUGGAGUUGGCCUUCACCACCCAGCAGUUUGCAGCCCUACAGCUCAUAGCAGAGGACCUGGAUGAGAAGUCAGAUCCUGCUCUCCUAGCCCGCUGCUCAGACUUCUGCAUUGAGCACAGGCAGUUUGAAAAGGCUGUGGAACUUCUGCUGGCUGCCAAGAAGUACCAUGAGGCUCUGCAGCUGUGCCUAGAACAGAAUAUGACCAUCACCGAGGAGAUGGCAGAGAAGAUGACCGUGUCCAAGGACUCAAAGGACCUGUCUGAGGAGUCACGGCGUGAGCUGCUGGAACAGAUUGCCAACUGCUGUAUGCGCCAGGGCAAUUAUCACCUGGCCACCAAGAAGUACACACAGGCUGGGAACAAGCUGAAAGCCAUGAGAGCACUGCUAAAAUCUGGAGACACAGAGAAAAUUGUGUUCUUUGCGGGAGUUUCAAGACAGAAGGAAAUCUAUAUCAUGGCAGCCAAUUACCUACAGUCCUUGGACUGGCGGAAGGAGCCGGAGAUCAUGAAGAAUAUUAUCAGCUUCUACACCAAAGGGCGGGCCCUAGACCUCCUGGCUGGCUUCUAUGAUGCCUGUGCACAGGUAGAGAUCGAUGAGUACCAGAACUAUGACAAGGCUCACGGGGCACUGACUGAGGCCUAUAAGUGCCUGUCCAAAGCCAAGGCCAAGAGUCCCCUGGACCAGGAGACCAAGCUAGCCCAGCUACAAAGCAAGAUGACCCUAGUGAAGAGAUUCAUCCAGGCCCGAAGGACAUACACAGAGGACCCCAAAGAGUCCAUCAGACAGUGUGAGCUGCUCCUAGAAGAGCCAGACCUGGACAGCACCAUCCGUAUUGGGGACGUCUAUGGCUUCCUGGUGGAACACCAUGUACAGAUGGAGGAAUACCAGAUGGCCUAUAAGUAUCUUGAGGAGAUGAGGAAAAGAAUCCCUUCAGCCAACAUAUCAUACUAUGUGGACCAGCACACUGUGGACACUGUGCACCAGGGCCUAGGCCUCCCACUGUCUCGCAUCCUGCCUGAGCGGGUCCGGCACAACAGCAUGGAGGACCACGAAGAGGUGAUGGAAGAGAUGGAAAAUGACCCCUGAUGUCCGGGGUCCCUGCUGCUGGGAUAUCUUCUGGAAUUUUAGGAAAGGCAGCUCCUUUUGUUUUUUGUUUGUUUAUUAUUGUUUUAAAUUCUGCAUUUUCAUAUGUAAGCAGGGUGGUGGGACAUGGAGCCCAGCCUCUGCAGCCCAGGAGGGUGCAGUUCUGGGUUUGCCUAAGUUCUGUACUUAAAAAGAAGAUUGUAUUUGUAUUUUGAAGUCAUUCCUUCAGCAUUCUUGCCUCCAGGUGCUUGGUGGCUCCUGUGGGUUUUUGGUUUACUUCUUUUUAAAGGGAGUUGGUUUCAUCUUUCCCAUGUUCUCCCAACAAGAGACUCUGAAGCUCCUAGAACUUUGUGAACUGCACUGCACUUGGUUCUUGAGGCUACUUCUUACUGUUAACCAUGCCUGUAGUUGGCUAUCUGAUAGACCCAGCAGAGCCAGGUGCUCCUGAGACCACAGCAAGGACCACCGGGGGCAGGCCUGAGCCCCGAGGAUGGUGCCCUUUGCACCAGAGUAGGGACUGGAAUACCAUGCACCAUUCAUGACUGCUCACACUCCUGUGACUCCAAAUAAAGUCCAUUUUCUCA